CCUCCCUCUAUCGACAACACUUUAAACCACGUGACCUGUGUUUACAUCCUCUCCUCAGUUAUUUCUUUCUUCUUCCACCUCGACACAACAGCUCUCCAUUACUACUUUACCUUUCCACCCGGUCCAGGCUCACCAGUUAGCCCAGUAAACCGGUAGUUAGCCUCUAACUGGAGGCUGUUAACGGCUGAAAGUGACUGACCGUCGCAGUGCACAGAGCAUCCAGUAACAAGGAGUGAGUUAAUGCGACACGGCAUUGUCACUUGCUGCGCGGACAUGACCGUAGUCUGAACUGACGCUUGAGGAGUCACAGCGGCAGCAUCCUUCAGGUCAGCCGUUCAUCUCCAUGCCACUGUGAGGAGGAAUCACUCAUCCUGAGUACGAGUUCGGCCCUUGUGUUUCUCUUCUCUUUUCACCAUGGGGGGAGCCGUGAGCGCCGGGGAGGACAAUGACGACCUCAUUGAUAAUCUGAAGGAGGCUCAGUAUAUUCGCACAGAAAAAGUUGAACAGGCUUUUCGGGCCAUAGACCGUGGUGACUACUAUCUGGACGGCUACCGGGACAGUGCCUACAAAGACUUGGCGUGGAAGCAUGGCAACAUCCACCUGUCUGCUCCGUGUAUAUACUCCGAGGUGAUGGAGGCCCUCAAACUACAGCCUGGACUUUCUUUCCUCAAUCUGGGCAGCGGAACUGGCUACCUGAGCACAAUGGUGGGCCUUAUCAUAGGGCCAUUUGGUGUGAACCACGGAGUUGAGCUCCAUAAGGACGUGGUCGAAUAUGCCAGAGAGAAACUGGAUGACUUCAUAAAGAACAGUGACAGCUUUGACAAGUUUGAGAUCUGCGAGCCUGUCUUUGUGGUGGGGAAUUGCCUUGAAAUUUCAACAGACAGUCACCAAUACGAUCGCAUCUAUUGUGGCGCAGGAGUGCAAAAAGACCAUGAAAAUUACAUGAAAGUACUGCUCAAAAUUGGAGGCAUUCUGGUGAUGCCAAUAGAGGAUCAGCUGACCCAAAUAACCAGGACUGGCCAGUGCACAUGGGAGAGCAAAAACAUCUUGGCGGUGUCCUUUGCCCCCUUGGUCCAGCAGAGCAGAGCUGAUGGAGAGAAGCCUGACACUGUCCAGCUGCCCCCAGUGACUGUCCGCAGCCUUCAGGAUCUGUCUCGGAUCUACAUCCGCCGCACUCUGAGAAACCUGGCCAACGAGAACAGUCAGGGGAAAGGGAUGGUGCAAAGAGUUCCCCAGAAGCGCAAACGCAGACGCUGCCGACGGCGACGCAUCAACACCUACGUUUUUGUAGGCAACCAGCUGAUCCCCCAAAUGGUGGAGAGCGAGGAGGAGGAGCAUGCAGAGGAAGAACACAAGGAGGUGGAGGAGGAGGAAGAAAGAGACAUUGGCGACAUUGAAAUCUUCAAGCAAGUGAACAUGUUGAGAGACCAAAUAAUGGCUUUACCGCUGCCUGAGUCACUGAAAACAUAUUUGCUGUAUUACAGAGAGAAAUGACUAAUUAACUCCAUUUCCACUCUUAACGGGUGAGGCGCCUGCUGAAAUGCUUUUCUUCACCCUUUUCAGUACAAAUGUAGCAUUAUUUCCAUUAAAUCUUGAUGGCAAAACUGUAAUAGAAAGAGACGUCAUAGAUAAUAUUGGAUAAUAAUGUUAUGAUUGUCGCAAAUUGUUAGUUUUUGCUGACAUUUUCUUUUGAUUUGUAUAUCAAAAUAACAAUGUAAAAAGUAUACUAAAUGGACAUAGUUUCAGACACCCAUUUUGAGAUUCAGAUUUUAUCACAAUAUCAGGAUUUCUGCAGGAAUUUGCAGAUGAAAACAAUUGUAUAAAAGUUCUUAUUAUAUUUGUUAAAAUAUGAUCAUGCUAUGAUGAAGACUUUUACUGCAGCCUUUUUAGAAGCUUUAACUUACAAUCAGUGUAUGGUGAUUAAAUGAUCACCAGAAAAGACGCAAAAGACACUGAGAGGCAAAUAAGGCCAUAUCCUCCCAUUCUGAGUUACAGGUAUACUCUGCAGGAAGUGACGGUUGGUAAGAGAGAUGUCAAUGGAGGGUUUACUACACAUUAAUUUUUUUGUUGCGGCCCACCAUGAUAACAACAACUGCCGCAAAGUGUUAUUUACUGCACCACACUCUAGGAGCGCAGAGCGUACUCGGGGCAUAAAGGGGGCAGCAGAAUGCCAGAUGCAGUGUAAAUUAAACUUAGCUGAUUUCUCUGAGUCUCUAAGUUUGCACUCCCUCGCCUCAUCAAUCAGUCUGAUCUGAUCAGAUCAGCUGCGAUUGGGUCGACUGAUCACUUUUCCACUCUGCCAGAAAAAAAAAGUUUCAUGUAGAGUUCCACCAGUGCUGCGUUCACUGACCCGCAAAAACGUCCGAAUUUAGAGGAUAUACACACACGCGCACAAAAACAAACAGAAAGUUUGCUUCGUUAAUCAGUUUACCACAGAGAAUAUUUUUGACUAGAUCUGCAUGUCAGACUGAAGGUAAAUUUGCUGCUAUUGACGCUAUUCAUUCGGCAAUUACCACAAGUAAUAUCAUCCCUACCCAAAAGCGCUGCUUUGGAAACAUUUUGCUCACCCUCCGGUUUCCCCUUCGAAACGGCGUUACAAGCAUUAAUCACAGAUUGAGUAGCAUCACUAGCUUGUUCCAUUGGCUAACCAGUGAAGACUGGAGGGUGAGCAGCUGGCACCGUUUCUGCAUGUUAAAGUGGCUACCCAGCUGUCUGUCAGCAAAGCCAACAGAAAAUGAACUAAAAGGCAUGACAUCUACAAAACCAAACAUUAAAAUUUCACCACCUUUAAAUGGAUAGCGCUUUAAAAUGCAGCAAACUAAAAGGAGUUACUGGUUAAUUUGUGUCCGAUUACCCAAAGCAAAACUGACAUCCCUGGUUUAUAAAACAACAUAUUAACUCGGCCUCUCCUCCCUACACUGCAGACAACUGAACUACUGUACGAAUGUUAUAUUUGUUGUAAUGGAAAAAGCAGAUACUUUUGCGAUCUAACUAAGCUAAGCGCCAGCAUCUACUUGCCCACCAAAAAACAGACCAACUCCACUUCGCCCUUUAUCCCCAUCCACUCCUGUGAAAGCCAACUGCACAAUACUUUAACUUUGAAAUGAACUUUUGUCUUCUUGCAUCUCACCUCGCUAUAUUUGCUUUUUUUCGGUGCUGUGUCCACAAUUUUCGUCGUUUCCUCUGAUAUGCAUGCUGCUACUAUCUGGUUGCUACCUUUUUAUAAAGUCCCAUGCACUGUGCCCAUGAACAUCUGACCACAGCAAAAUAAGAAUAAAAUAGUGAAAUACACGCAGAGCGAUACAGCCACACACUUCUUGUGUGUCAUAACUCAGUACAUUUACAUGAUGCUGGAGAAAGUAGAAUCAUUGUGUUAGUACGUCUAAAACUGGACUUUUAACAUGAAUGUAAACAUGUUAGUCCAACUUAAUCAUACUAAGCUGAUUUCUCUGAGACGGACUAACAAAUCUAGAUAUUGCAGAUGAGAGGUCAACUGUCUCUCAUGUGUACGCCUAAACCGGAGCUGAACUGGCCCAAGCGUUCUGCACAUGCUCCAUAGCUCCUUUACUGGGCUUUGACCCGGAAGCUGAAUAGCUCAAAUUUGCAAAAGAAAGCCGUGAAGAACAAACAAAGCAGAAGGGAAGAAAACAAAACAAGACCAACGAAUCAACAAAAAGUAGCUGAGUACAUACCAAAUGUACAGCACCGAAAAGUUUGCCAUUUUUUCACCAUUUAACAUGCAACCUGUGUGCUGCUAGCUAAAUUGUUUGGUGUGUUGCUGUGUUAAAAUGAAUUUGAGAGCUCGUAGUUACGACACAGGAAGCCGUGCACACAACAUGCUUGGACUUCAAGUUGCUAGGCAACAGCAACAUGGAAGUUACUGUCGGUGUCUAGGGCCCACCGAAGCUAAUGAGUCAUAUAAUUCAGGAUAUGUAAAGGUAUCGGUUCAGAGGAGAAGAUGAGAAUUACGAAUUACGAUGAGACUCUGUACGACUAAAAUGAUUAUAUAUUAACUGCGCCUUCGCCAUUGCUGAAAAUGUCAGCAAACACAUCACAACUUGUCAACUCGGAGCUGACGGAAAAUAUCUACUCACAAGGUCAUAAAUACCACAUGAGGGGUUGUUCAUAUGGACUCAUGUCGUGUACACAGUAACACAACCCCGAAUGAUCACAUCAUCUGACGUAAUAAGUCAACCAGAAGAUGAUCCAAUAACAACUAGCUGAAAGAAGGCAUAUCACGACCCACCGUGGCGGAGUUAGACACACCUCUGUCAAUAAAUCGAUUCUCCCCCGGUGCUCGUAUACUGGUACAACGGAGCUGUAACUGUUGCUCGACUUAACUGUGCAUGUAAACGUACUGAGUGAUGAUUGAGAGGGAUUACUUCUCUAUGAGUCUAUACAUUGUUCCAUAGGAAAAUCCUGCACAGUAUACCUUCCUAAAAGAGUAAGACAUUCUUGCAGAAUCAUGAAUUGUCUUUACUCUUCUUGAUAUUUCGUUUUCGUUUUUUGUACCUUCUUAUAACAAGAGAUCAUACAGAGAGUAGAAUCAUUUUUUCUACAGGGCACCUUUUAAAUGUAACUUUUUCUACCAGGUGUUUGCAUACUCGUUUCCUCACUUUGCAUAUGAGUAGCUGACAUCCUACUUGAUAAUGAAGAGGUGUUGUAGGCCCUCUCCUCUCCGUGGUUUCCCCUUCCAUUUUUGGUGCAAAUAGUAUAUCGAUUAAUCAUAUCAGAGGUUUGAUGAUGGGUGUUAAGUGGUGGUUCAGCUUUGUUUAAGAGGAAACUGCUAAAGGGGAGUUGUUUGUCAAUAAUGCAUGAAUAUACUGUAUAUGUGUUGGGUGUUCCUGACUUUACUUCACAUCUUAUGAUUGGUCACUGGAAGUGAUGUCCCAAGUGAUCAAGUGCGGAAAUGUUUGGAGAAAAAAAAAACGCAUUUGAAGAAUAUUAAUCAAUUUGAUGGCCUUGAGACAAAUCUUAAAUCCUGUAUAGUACUGCUUUUUUAAUCAACAGCAAUGCAAAUCAGAAUCACUGAGGAUUUUGAAGCCUUUUAUACCCUGGACUGUAGAAGUGUCCAACAAAGCACCUUAACUCUGCAGUCCUCAAGAGAAAUUUGUUUCGUGGACUGUUGUAAAUCAAAGUACAAUUUGCUUGCAGAACAUCCCUGAUAGUGAUGGCUUUUAAGUGCCAACGUACCCCAUCACAUUAGGACUUCUGCAAGCUUUCUGGCACAUUAAAUUCACCCAAACGAUGGUAUAUUUCUACAAAAACAUUCCAAGGGGAAAAAAAAGAAAACAGCACAUCACUGAUAGAUGUCACACUUUUUCUUCAUGCUUUACGACUUUGGAGAUUUCGUUCAUCUUACUUUGAAUGCAUCAUUUAGUAUUCCAAAAGCUGAGUUGAAUGUUGUUGAUAUUAAUUCUAUUCAAUAUAAAGGUGAUAUAUAUGUAUUAUCAUAUGAUUCUGCAUACAGUUUAAUUUGGUUUGUUGUAGCGCCCUCUUGCUGUACUGUAUCUUGACACUGGGAACUCUGUAGAUCAAAACUCCACUGCUGUCUGUUUAAUAGAUAAGAUAUAUUAGUGCUAUAGGUCUUCAUUUUGUUAUAGUGUAAUGAAAAAUAUUUUGUUUGAAAACAGGAGUGAUUAUUCUAUUAGUAGUUUUUGUGUGUGAAGAGGUAUCAUUUAUUUUUAUGUAAGGUUUUAUUUUUUGGGUUUUUUUUUUUUUUUUACAUCCAUCGGACAGCUUUGCAAGUAAGCAAUAAUGGAAUCAUUUCUCCGCUCAUAAUUACCAAUAACGGCAUAGUCCCAUUUGAUUUGCGUAGUAUCCAUUAAAAUUGUCAUGAGCAAUUACAGGAAUGCAAAAGUUUAUAUACCAUUAUCUAAAAUAUAAUUGCUAAUUAGAGAGCACAUUAAGUAUAGAAAGCAGGGGACCUACAACCUCGACUCUCAGGUCACGCCUUGCACCAAAGUUAAUGGGACUGCUGUGAUUACGUUUAAUGUGGACGAGAUUCGACUACAAAAAUGGCACCCGGUAAAGACCAAGUCAUAAUCAAUUCUGUGCUUUUAUAUUAAGUUAAUCUGUUGAGAGCCAAAAAAACAGUUCUGUUACUGUUUUUAGGUUGACUUCUCAUAGUGUGUGCAGUUCAUCUUGAAAAUGUGUUGUUUCUCCGUAAAUGUUUGGCACAAAAAUAAAGGUCACAAUCACA